GGUGUGUUUUAUGCGGAAAAUUGGAGUCCAGAACAAAAAUUGUUUACAUUUUGUCUUUAUUAAUUUCAAUCGGUGGUUAUUGUAAUUUAUCUUUGCAUUAGAUUUUUUACCUUGUUUAUAAGCUUACUCUUAUUAUCUAGUUACACCAUGGAUUUCCAACACAGACCUGGAGGGAAAACUGGCAGUGGUGGUGUUGCCAGUUGGUCUGAAACAAAUAGAGAGAGGAGAGAAAGAUUAAGGCAGUUAGCCUUAGAAUCAAUCGACUUACAAAAAGAUCCAUAUUUUAUGAAAAAUCAUCUUGGUUCUUAUGAAUGUAAAUUGUGUCUAACUCUUCACAAUAAUGAAGGUUCUUACUUGGCCCAUACUCAGGGUAAAAAACAUCAAACAAAUUUAGCUCGAAGACAGGCUAAAGAUUCGAAAGAUUCACCAGCUUUACCAGCGCCUGCCAAACCAAGAACCGACAUUAGAAAAUUUGUAAAAAUUGGAAGACCUGGUUACAGAGUUACUAAACAGUUAGAUCAAGAAACUGGACAACAAUCUCUCUUAUUUCAGGUUGAUUAUCCUGAGAUUACUGAUGGGAUUGUUCCCCGUCAUCGAUUUAUGUCCGCUUAUGAGCAAAAAAUUGAGCCUCCUGAUAGACGUUGGCAAUAUGUUUUAUUUGCUGCUGAACCAUAUGAAACUAUAGGCUUUAAAGUUCCGAGUCGAGAAGUGGACAAAAGUGAAGAUAAGUUUUGGACUCUUUGGAAUAAAGAUUCAAAACAAUUUUUCCUCCAAGUAGCUUUUAAAGUUGAACCUGGUAAUCAAUCUAUAAUGGCUUCAGUAAUGGGACCCAAUAAAUCGAAAGACAUGUCUAAUAAUCAGCCCUCUAAACCUUCAGGACCAAAGGAAAAUUAUAAUGGCAACAGCUCGUUAGCCAAAAACAAUAUGGCUAGAUCAUCUCGUGUCGAACCAGACUCUAACAACGCACCGACAAAUAACCACGAGAACAAUAAGACACCCGAACCUACAACCUCAGAUGCUAACUCUGAUAACAUUUCAUCGAAUACAAAUGAUAGCAAUGGCAACGGCAACGGCUCCAACGAUUCUGAAAAUAUUGAAACUGAUGAGGCAGAUGAAAAUUCCACCGACAGAAUGCCAAUGGAAGAAUCUUAACUUUCUAAAAUAUCUUCAUUAAAAUUUCAAAUUAUCAUUA